CCCUCCUCCUUCUCUCCCCGGGCCCGGCGCUCCCCCGCCCGGUGCGGGUCUGUGCCCGGGCCCGGUGCUCGGCGCGGCGCUGCCCGCCGCAGGGACGAUGGGGCAGCCGCGGAGGCCGGCGAACGGCAGCGGCCCGGCGGCGCCAUGACCGGCGAGAAGAAGAAGAAGAAGCGGCUCAACCGCAGCGUGCUGCUGGCCAAGAAGAUCGUCAUCCGCGACGGGGCCGGCCGACAGGGCAUUGGAGAGCCCAGCGUGUACCACGCCGUGGUGGUGAUUUUCCUGGAGUUCUUUGCCUGGGGGCUGCUGACCACGCCAAUGCUAACGGUGUUACACCAGACUUUCCCUCAGCAUACAUUCUUGAUGAACGGCCUGAUUCAUGGAGUCAAGGGUCUGCUUUCUUUUCUAAGUGCCCCACUGAUUGGUGCUCUCUCUGAUGUCUGGGGCAGGAAAUCCUUCCUCCUCCUCACUGUCUUCUUCACCUGUGCUCCAAUUCCCCUUAUGAAGAUCAGUCCGUGGUGGUAUUUUGCUGUCAUUUCCAUGUCUGGAGUCUUUGCUGUCACCUUCUCUGUGAUUUUUGCCUACGUUGCUGAUAUCACCCAGGAGCAUGAACGCAGCACGGCAUAUGGCUUGGUGUCAGCCACGUUUGCUGCCAGUCUGGUCACGAGCCCAGCCAUCGGGGCGUACCUCUCCCAGGCCUAUGGUGACACGUUGGUGGUCGUGCUGGCUUCAGGUGUGGCAUUGCUGGAUAUCGCCUUCAUCCUGCUGGCAGUGCCGGAGUCGCUGCCGGAGGAGAUGCGCCCGGUCUCCUGGGGAGCUCCAAUCUCUUGGGAACAAGCAGACCCCUUCGCUUCCUUGCGGAAAGUGGGUCAGGAUUCUACAGUGCUGCUCAUCUGUAUCACUGUCUUUCUCUCCUACCUUCCCGAAGCCGGCCAGUAUUCCAGCUUUUUCCUCUACCUGCGACAGGUCAUUGGGUUUUCCUCAGAGACAGUGGCAGCCUUCAUUGGGGUUGUUGGAAUUCUCUCCAUCCUGGCUCAGACAGUGGUGUUGGGAAUUCUCAUGCGUUCCAUAGGAAAUAAGAACACCAUCCUGUUGGGACUAGGCUUCCAGAUCCUCCAGCUUGCCUGGUACGGCUUCGGAUCGCAGCCUUGGAUGAUGUGGGCUGCAGGAGCCGUGGCUGCCAUGUCCAGCAUCACCUUCCCAGCCAUCAGCGCCAUGGUGUCUCGGAACGCAGACCCUGACCAACAAGGUGUGGUGCAGGGGAUGAUCACUGGGAUUCGGGGUCUGUGUAAUGGCCUGGGGCCGGCGCUCUAUGGCUUCGUCUUCUAUCUCUUCCACGUGGAGCUGAAUGAAAUGGCUGAGGUGGAAACUCUGGGUAAGGCCUCCAAACCCAACAUGGCCAACCCUACGGAUGAGAGCAGCAUCAUCCCAGGGCCUCCCUUCCUGUUUGGGGCUUGUUCUGUCCUGCUGUCGCUCCUGGUGGCCUUGUUCAUUCCAGAACACAACCUUGCACUGAGAUCAGGCAGCCACAAGAAGCACAGUAAUGGAGCUCAGUCCCACACCCACAGCCCUCAGGCUGGUGGGUCGGAUGGCAAAGAGCCCCUGCUCGAGGACAGCAGCGUAUGAGGCCAGGAGAGAAGGACCUGGCUCACAUCUGGACCCCAGGCCAAGGAUGGACUCAGCCAGUGGGAGUUCAGGGAGAGAAAGACAGGGUGGGGGGGGAGAGAAGAAGCGAGGUGAGACUGUGCCACUAACAGCUAAUGGGAAGGGAUGAGGUUUUCCUUUCCAGCCAAAUACACCCUCAGCUGGUGCAGAACCGGAGUUGUAUCAUCUGGUGCUGAUAGGAAGGGGAGAUACUGAACUGCUCCAUGGGAAGGGAUAGUUCCUGAAGGCAAAGCAUGUACUUGGGCAUUGAACUUCAAGGUGUGCCCUGCCAAAUCCUCAACUUGCCAAGGAAAACUGAAGGAGCAAGCAUUGGCUUUGUUCUGGUGUGAACAGAAGCAGCUGGUAUAAACCAAGGCAUCAGCUCCAUGCCCCAUCCCCUGGUGGAACCAGUCCCAUCACAGCUCACCUGGGGGCAGCAGCAACCAGGGCCAUGCACCAGGGUGAAGAGCAGAUGGUGUGGUCAGGCCUGAGCUGCCCCUCGCUGCUUGGAGCCUGUGAAUUCACCCUUGUUGGCCCGGGUGAAACUUAGAUUCCCCCCCCCCAAAUCUACUGACUUAAUGUUCUGAUGAAGAGAAGUUGCACAGAGGUGAAUGGGAGAGGGAAGGACAACCCUGUGAGUGCUGGGUGCUGAGGAGGUCCAUGAUGGUUGUGUUCCUCUUUGGCUUUUUCCUGUUACCCUGUCUUGGUAGGAGGAUUCUUCAGAGCUGGUUUCUCAGGCACUCUUAAGGGGUGAUCAGAAAAUAGCCUCUCUGAGGGGCUGGAGAAGCAACUCAACCCCAUGAAGCACUUGCUAAAUCUUUGAGGGAAAGGCCAAAGAAGGAGC